ACUUAAAGUUCAGCAGAGAUCUCAACAGUCUUUUUAUGUUAUCCUUGUGCAGAAUGUUAACCAAGAGGCUGUCAGCAAUGCCAGACCCAUGUGGCUGCUGUUAAAACAGAAGUUGCAUUGGAACUUCACCUACAGUUUCAGUUUGGGAACUCCAUGGGGCUCUGGAUGCUGCAAAAGCAAUCAGGUCUUUCUGCUGUGAAUAAGGAUGCAAAAAACAAAGAAUGAGUUUUCCUUUGAGAUGGAUGAAGACACUAACAUGAAAGAACAAUAUCAUAUACAGGAGGGGACUGAACCGUGGGAAGACCAUUUGGGUUUGCUAGGAGAAAGUGACUUGGGAAAUGUCGUCAUUUCAUCCUACGUAGCAGCAGCUCAGUCAGGCACAGAAAGACAGCUGUACCCUAGCAGCAUGCAGAAGCAGAGAGUAAGAACUGACACACACCUUCUGGAAGUCCCUUUAGAGGAACCUGGUGAGAGUGACAAUGUAUCUUGCCAAUUUGUUAGGCAUGCGCCGGGAAGGAUUUCAACUUCUCCAACUCUGAGGAGGCUGAGGAAAAGUACAUUAUCAGGCGCUCAAAUAUUUGCACUCCAGAAUGACAGCAAUAGCCCAAGGUUGGGCAAGCAUUGUGAAUCUUAUCUUCCUAUUUGCCGAAGCCCUCCUCCUCCUCCAUUUUCUGAACAUUUCUUUUUCUCAGAACCCUUCAUGCACACACAUUCCCUGUCACAGAAAGAAAUCUCUGCUUCCAUUGACACCACACCAGUCUUACCACGUCAUGAAGAAGAUGAUCACAGUGGUGAUCGGUCUUUGCCGAAUGCUAUGGCAAUCAACCCGGCUUUCCAGUCUCAGGGAGAACAGAAUUCUCAGGAAUGUGUUCAGAAAUUAGAUUCACAUAAAGCAAGUCUAUAUAACUCUACAGAACGCAGACAUAGCUCAGUGGUGGUGAGUUUGCCUGGACUCGAGGUGUUCCCAGGAGACCUGCUCAUAUCAGAUAGUGCAGCAGAAUUCCUUUACCAUUCAACAUCACUGCAAAGUGCAGAAUCCAAAAAGCCUUGGUGGCCAUUUGCUAAAAAAGGAACAAGUACAGACAGACACAAACAAGUAUCAGACCUGGAAAAGUGUUUGUCUUCUGUAAUUAUCAAGACCUCGGAAUACAGCAGCUAUGAAUUUCACAAUGUUAAGGAUAAAGUUUGGCAUGAGAUCAUAACACAGUAUCGGGCUGAGCCAAAAGCCAAUGAAGAUCAAUUAGAAACAAAGAAGAAACAAGCAGUAUGGGAACUCUUCAUAACUGAAUGCACAUACUUUCUUGAUCAUCUCCUGGUUCUUAAAAUGGUUUUUAUGGAUACAUUAAAGUACCUGCAAAGCAAGGAGUUCCUCUCAGAUGUGAAUUCUAGUCUACUUUUUGCAAACUUGGAGGAAUUAAACCAGGUUAGCCUUGGUUUUGUGACCAGUUUCUUUAGUGUUAUAAAGGGUCAACUUGUCAAGCCUACAUCCUCCUUAGAGUUCAUCUCUGCGCUUACAAAGUCUUUCCAAGGGAACCUGUGUCAGAGUCUCCAGAUAUACUGCCUUAAUUACACCGCCGCAGUCUUUUACCUGGAAAAACUGAAGAAAAGAAAAGAUUUUGGAAUUUAUAUGAAAUGGUGUGAACAGAAAAAACAGUGCAAACGACUGCAUCUGUCAGAACUGCUGGUUGCACCUUUACACAGACUGACUCGCUAUCCCCUCCUCCUGGAGAAUAUCUGGAAAAAGGCUGAUCCACCAGAGAGAGCAGUCCUCUGUUCAGUUAAGGAGAAGGUGGAAAAAUCUAUAAGGGACUUGGAAGGUAAAGUGAAAUGGCUGGAUAAUUUCCAGAAAUUUAAACAGCUUCAGGAAAUGAUAAUUUGGCCACCACUUUGGGAUCAAGACAAACGAUUUUUUGUUCCUGAGAGUCUCAAGUUCAUAUUAAGGGACAACCCAAAUGAAAGCAUCUUGUCACCUACAAAGAGAUACCUUCUUCAUGAAGGGAGAUUUACUCUUGCAGAACAUACGAGGCUCAUUGACAUCCACCUUUUUCUAUUUGACGAUUUGCUUUUGGUUACAAAACCAAACCGGCACAAAAAGAAAUCUGGGUGUUCCAACGUGAGUUUAAUAUCUGUCUGCUCUUUGUUCACACCUGAGCUGCAGUCUUUGCUUGAAGAAGGUGGUUCUUGCACAGUGCUGAACCAGCCUAUUCCAUUAGACAGGCUGAUUGUAAAAAACAUUGAUGCAGUCCAUAUAACUGCAGUUUUUGGACUACGAAAUGCUUUUCUAAUACAGCAAGAAAACCGGUAUCAACAGUGUAUAGCGCUAUUCUUAAUACAAGCACAGACUGAGUCAAUCAAGAAAACAUGGAUGUCACAGAUGGAGACUGCAAUCUCAAAUUAUGCAAGGAGACAGACAACCCCCCAAAACUCAUUUUUAAGUUUACCAACUGAAUCAUCUGAAAUUUAAUCAUAGUCAGAUAUAAAUUAAUGGGCAUUGGUCAUAGGAAGUUUACUUAAUUUAAAGCAAGCCUUUAGGUGCUUGCAAAUAUUUCUGGGAAUACUUUAGUUUCCAGGGCAGAAAUCGGGGGUGGGAGGGAAGGAUUAUUUGGGUGAUCAAAUUCAGACUACAAUUCUCUCAAGUAGAAUUUUCAAGUGUCCUGCUACAUUUACUGCUAAGCAAAAAUGGAGAAGUCAAAAAAGUAAUUGCAACACUUGCUUUGACAGCAUAUACUAAAAAUGGAAAAGGUACAAUACCCAAAAUAGAAAAAACCUAUUAUUAAAUCAACAUCUCUUAGACUGGCUUAAUAAGUUAUUCUGCAGGCCCGUUUAUGGCAGCAGGAAUCAUAGAUUAUCACUUGUUCAUUCAUAGUUCACUUAAAAUAAAUGCUUGUAGAAUAUAUUUCAAUAUAAUUCCAAUGAAAUCA